GUCGAAGAUGCUGAAACUUGAAAGUAUACUAGACGCCAUCAAUUUCUUUGAUCGAGAACGCGGGAAAUUUUGUUGAGGAAUGUCAGCGUUGUGAUUCGCACCCUUACAAGAACGUCUCUCUCUCGUCCUUUACCUCUUCCUGCUUUACUCAGCAGGUUUCCCUGACUACUCGUCAGAGUCCAUGCUCGCAAAAACUACCAAGGAUGUACUGAGGAAGGCCGUCAAGCCACCAUUUCGAUUCCGAGGGUGCUUAUACGCUAAGCGUGAAGCUGCAACUCAUCUUGCGACAUCCACCUCUUUGUCAAAUGUUCCUGUACCUGCAUCUGCUGAUGAUGCAGCCAUAAUUGAUGACCUGGACAAGCCUUAUUCUUCUUAUCCUUCCUCUCCGCUCUCACCAACAGGUCUUUUCCGGCAUCGUUUGCUGACUUCUCCACGGGAGUUCAAAGUUCUAGCUGAAGCGACACAACGUCGGGCAGAGAUCCUAACGGAGCGGAUAGUGAGAGCGGGCGAGUCUAGAGAGGAGCUGUACAAGGUCGUCAAGAAUCUUGACAGACUCAGUGACAUGCUUUGCGGUGUCAUAGACUUGGCAGAGCUCAUACGAAACACACAUCCUGAUGCUUCGUGGGUGCAACAUGCCGAGUCGGUUUACGACCAAUUAUGCCAGUUCAUGAAUGUAUUGAAUACUCAUGUUGGACUCUACGAAGUACUUCGUAUUGUCUUGUCCGAUCCUGACGUCGUCAAAUCUCUCAGUACAGAGGCUCGCGAAACGGCCCUCAUCUUUUGGAGAGACUUUGAGAAAUCUGGCGUCAACCUACCGCCGUCUCAGCGGGACCGAUUUGUCUCUCUCUCAUCCGAAAUUCUUUCUAUAGGUCGUGAGUUCCUCAUGGAAGCAUCGAAAGCACGUCCGCCCGCUCGAAUCAGACCUUCAGAAUUACGGGGGUUAAAGGAUACGGGAAUGGGGACUCGACUGCGGCUGCAAGCUACGGCUACGCAGCGCGAUCUCUUGGUCUAUCCAGGAUCCCUACAAGCUCAAAUGAUCAUGACCUCCGCUCCGGAAGAGGAGCCCCGGAGGAAACUAUACAUGGCAGCCAACUCAAGUUCGGAGGAACAAGUACAUACGCUGGAACGCCUGCUUCGUGCUCGUGGGGACCUUGCACGACUUGUCGGCAAAGACAGUUUUGCACAUAUGGCCCUCGCAGACAAGAUGGCAAAGUCCCCAGAAAAUGUGCGUUACUUCCUGGACGCGCUGAUGGAUCACACUCGACCAUACGCUCGGAGAGCGCUCCGUGCGCUCAGUCUGCGCAAACAGGCUCACCUAAAUACGCCACCAUUUCCUACAAUACAAGCUUGGGAUAGGGACUACUAUUGUCCUCCAGAACCUCCGGCACCGCCGGUGUCGCUUCCUCCACUGACGCUAGGGACUGUCUUUAUGGGUCUCUCACGGCUGUUCCGCAAUCUGUACGGUGUGACAUUACGGCUAUCUGAUGUUGCAUCAGGAGAGGUAUGGCAUAGUGAUGUCCGGAAGCUCGAGGUAGUCGACGAGAAAGACGGCACGUUGGGUUGGAUAUAUGCUGACCUCUUUGCACGGAGAGGCAAGCCGAGUGGCGCGGCACAUUACACUGUUCGUUGUUCACGACGAACGGACGAUGACGACGAGGCAGGAGACAAUGCUUUCAUUAGAAACGACGGUGAUAGACACGCUGUCGAGAUCGCAAGGUCCUUUGACUCGGCCCAUAGAGCCCGAAUACCUGGUCAAGAAGGCAUGUACCAACCUCCAGUUGUUGUCCUCGUUUGUGAAUUCACAAGACCGUCGCCGCGGAGUGGACCUACCAUCCUCGCUUGGCAUGAGGUUUUAACUCUGUUUCACGAGAUGGGCCAUGCGAUGCAUUCAAUGAUUGGUAGGACCGAGUACCAGAACGUCUCAGGUACCCGUUGCGCAACAGACUUCGUCGAACUACCUUCCAUCCUUAUGGAACAUUUCCUGAACUCACCGACAGUCUUGUCACUCUUUGACAUAAACGGUAACCCAAUUCGACAAGCAGCGAAUCAUCACGAGGAUCCUUGUCGCUCUAUCGAUACCCAUACCCAGAUCCUUCUAGCUGCUCUCGACCAGAUAUAUCACUCACCUGCUGUAAUGCAUGAGGACUUCGACUCCACUGCAGCCUUGGCCAGACUCUAUGAGACACGAGGAUUAAUUCCAUACGUACCGGGGACCUCGUGGCAAACACAAUUCGGGCAUCUGUUCGGAUACGGCGCCACCUAUUACUCUUAUCUCUUUGACCGUGCCAUCGCCUCGCGAGUGUGGCGCAAUAUCUUCUCACAUGAUCCUUUGAACAGGGAUACGGGAGAGAGGUUCAAAAGUGAAGUAUUGAGACAUGGUGGUGCGAAGGAUCCUUGGAAGAUGGUCAGUGCACUGUUGAAUGCGCCUGCAAUGGCUAGUGGAGAUGCAGAGGCUAUGGCUGAAGUUGGACGUUGGAAGAUCGAGGAUGAGGUCUCAAAUUCAGCGAGGCAUUGACGUUGAUAAAUAGAGUUACGGCUUCAUUGUAGGCUUGAGAUCAACUUGAGAUGUCGCUUGUUGAGGAACUCCGUUCGAUCGUGUGCAUCCAUAGUGUCGGUGAGAGCGUAGCUCUCGAUAUUCUGCGAUUAUUACUACACUACGAAACCGAUCCAAAAGCUGCACGAGGUCAGUAAAGAAUAAAUACACAAUAAAAUUAAAGCAAAGCCAGGUGAAAGCGAAGCGAAGACGAAAGCAACAUAUCAACAGGACAAGGUGAAUAUCAGAACGCUGCAAUUGUUGUGCGGAAUUGAAACGUCCGAGGAGCACAAGCCGACUUCUCCCGUAAAGAAUAAUC